UUGAGCAAUUUCUGUACCAUUUUAAAUGGCGAUGAAAAUUCGCAAUCAAAUGAUCACUCUUCGUAGUUUCGAAACUGUAAAGCUGCUGAAAACAAUCGAAUCUAUUUUCUAUGUUCGCGAGUGACGCCCGGCCGAUUCGCACGGCUCGCCGCGCCGGUUUCACGAAACCUAAGCGAAAGGGUUAAGGGGCAACGUUCGAAUCCCGGCGACUGGAAAGGAGGCUGUCGAGAACAGGUUUAUAUCUGCUCGGCGCUAGAAGGCGGCCGAAGAUAAACGGAUCGAAGCGAAAGUGAGCCCCGGUGACUUCAGUUUCUGGCGAACGGCUCGAACGAUCGGCACCGCACGUGUCCCGGACAAAAGGCGAGCCUCGACCGAUGUGUGACCGGCGUGCAACGAUUCCGGAAACCCCGUGAGACCCCGUGAACAGACCGGGACCCCGCUCUCCGAGAGAAUCGAUCGCCGAGGGACCGUCGAUCGUGGGCGGUUCUCUCUCGAAUGGGACCAGAAACGAUUGUCCGGGGCCAGUUCGUAAUGCGCGUGGUCGUUUCGCUGCACCUGUGAUCGCGUUCGGAACCAGCCGUGGAAUUUCAAUGGGAGAUACGUGGCGUUGUUCUGCGGUAUUUGCAUGGGGCACGCGUUCGGCCGCUGGAUCGCGAGCCGGCAAAUUACACAUUUCUGUCCGCGAUUCGUUCGAAUGUAAUUGCGUGGUGACCUUGAGUGAAGAAGACAUUGUUCGCCUCGAUUUCGGUGUGUACGUGCGGCAUUGAUGUGUUCGGAUGCGAAAUGAGGUUGCUUCGAGUGCUAUUGUGCACGCAUUCGAUGGCAUAGCAUGGAGCUUCCGGUUUCCAUCUAUGGGCGCCCUGCAAAAUCUAGGCGCCAGCGGCCGUCGUCGAAAGAGGAACGGCCUGUCCUCUUCAGCAUCUUGUAAGGACCUCUAUCAGAAGCGACACACGAUCCACCUACAACCGGAAAUCAUUAUUCAGAAGGAGCACUCUAUCAUCGUUACUCCUCUGACGCCGGAUGAUCUUGGCGACGAAGACAGUCGAAGGUCGUCGGAGGUGAGAGCCGAGGAAGAGGAGACCGUGGCGGAGAGAAACGAGGACCAGGACUCCGGUUCCGGAGAGUCUGCCGGGAAAACGGGUGACAGCAGCGACUACGCGAAUUUACCGAUGGAGCCGCCGGAGGAGUCGACGCGCAAACUCUUGGAGCGGGAACUUCGACUUCUCGAUCCUAGAGACCUGAGAUCGCACGCCUGGUACCACGGCAGCACGCUGCGGGGCGGUCGGAAGGGUGCGGAAGCGGAAGUGCCGAACGACGGUGACUUUUUGGUGCGCGACUGUGCCUCGCAGCCCGGGAACUAUGUGCUCACGGUCCGGUGCAAGGGUCAGCCUCUUCAUUUCGUCAUCAACAGGGUGGUGAUCCAGCCGGAGACGGUGUACGAGAGGGCGCAGUACCAGUUCGAGGACGAGGCGUUCGACACGGUGGCCGACUUGAUAACGUUCUACGUGGGCAGCGGCCGACCCAUCAGCCAAGCGAGCGGUGCUCGCAUAAUCACGCCGAAGCCGAGAUCGGUGCCUCUGACCUGCGUGGCGGCACCUACGAACAGCCAGCACUGUUCCAGCCCCUCGUCGUCCUCCCUGUCGACGGGCUCUCCACCGCGUCUACCCCGGAAGCAGCAGCGUAGUCACUCGCUAACGGCUCAACACCAUCCGUCGGAGCAGCACGAUGGCCGGCAAGUCUCUAACCAGCAAGCCGCGCCGCACGUGCCGGUCCAAUCGAGCACCCUGCCCCGCGUGCCGCCCAUCCAAAGCCAGCCGCCAUCUUGUUCCUUGUCCCUCGGUCGCCAGAAGAUCACCAGGGUGAUCUCGGACCCUGCUCUCCAGCAGCAACAGCAACCGCCGCUCCAGCCGCCGAGCCUGAACCACCAGAACUCGCUGGGAACGGCUCCGCCGAAGCCCCCGAGGAUACCUUACGUUCCGAACCAUCAGCACCACGGCCACCAUCAUCACCAUCACCACCACCAUCAUCACCAAGGUUACCAGGCGUCGGGCAGCGACAGUGGAAACGGCUCCGGGGACAGCGAGUUCGAGACCAACAACUCCGGAGGCACCAGCAACCCUUCGGGCUCGGCACCCAUCAAGGGAGUGGUGAUCAGGAGCCACUAUCACACCAGCAACGACGGCAUGAACGGCGGGAACGAGUACGAGCUGUCCGCGGAGGAGCAGCUGGUCGUCGCUGCGCCCUCCCUGGAGAUCACCACGGCGCUGGACAUCGAGGGAUUCAGUACUCUGCUGUUGCCCGCCGGGGAUCACAGACCUCUGGACCCUACGGCGCUCAGAGGUGUCUCCGGAAUGCUCCACGAUUCGGCCCCCAGGGUUCUGGCCUCCCAUUUGACCAAGAUCGACCUGGAACUGGCCCUGCAGCCCGGCUCCGGGAACAGAAACGGGCUGAGCGGUAUCGAGCUAGCGACUCUGCCGCAUGGCAGACAGGCCAGGGUGGAUCUGAUCGAGAGGUCCGAGUGCCUGAAGCUGCUCGUCGCGGUGACCGUGCUGGCCGGAGCCACCGCGAUCGAGAGAGCUGCCACCAUCAGCAAGUGGAUCAAGGUGGCCAUCGACACCAAAACGGCCCUCGGCAAUCUGUACGGGUUCUGCGGCGUGAUGCUGGGACUCUGUCUACCACAGAUACAGAGGCUGGCGAACACGUGGCACUUGCUGAGACAGAAACACACCGACGAGGCAUUCAGCUUCGAGGCGAAGCUUAGGCCCACCCUGCGCGCCAUGAACGAGUGCACGAAUCCACAGGCACCGAACACCACCUUGCCCCAUCUGCUGCCCAUCGCGCUGCUGGGGGAACGGGGACCAGAGGAUGUGCUGGGAACCGCUGCGCCUUCGAGCCUUACGGCGGCCAUCCUGUCUCCGUGGGAGAACUCGGCGCCGGACUGCGGUCUGUCGAUAGUUUGGUCCCAUUUAGAAACGGCCCGGAAAAUGGCCGAGAAUCUGCCGCUGUUUCGCAGGAACGCGGAGAUCGCGCUGGAAGGUUCCAGGAGCGACGAGCUGCUUUCCGACGCGUUUCGAACCGAGUUCCAUAUAAAAUUCCUAUGGGGCAGUCGAGGGUCCACCGUGGCACCGGAAGAGAGACACCUGAAGUUCACGCAGGUCCUCGACGCGAUGUUCGACAAGUGUACAUCCAGCGAGGUGACGGCCUAAACGACCAAAGGACAAAUUAUUUUAUAGGAACCAGCGAUCGAGGGAUUGUUCAGCGUGGACAUGGAAAGAUGUGGUGCGUUUAAGAUCUCGUCGUGCGUUAUUAAUUACUGAUAUUACCUUCGUUGACCGCUGUUUACUGCCGCGUAAACGAUUAUCAGGCCGCGGAUUUGUACGUAAAAUUCAGAUUUUCGGCGUCGAAAGGCAUCGACUACUAAUUUUAUCGCGAACGCGUAAAAUCCCCGGUCUAAUGAUCGUUCUCUCGCAUUUUCCCAAUCGUUUCGAGCGAGUGGAGAAACUGCACUAAUUGUGGGGUAAUUCGUACAAAAUCGAACGUAUUCGUUAUUUCACGUUGCAAGUUUAUUGUACCAAUUCUCGUGUCCGAGCUGCGCGAAUCUUUGGGAUCGGCGUUGACUUUGAAGGACUUUCUUUCGAGACUUAACGAGGGACCCGAACGUGCUUCUGUUUCUCUUGAUUUCUGCGUGUAAAUUAUGAUUAUGUAAUUAUGUAAUUAAAUAACUGUAAUUAAUUGUAAUUUCGAUACGCAAUAAGGUAUAUUUCAUUUGGCGGGGUUCGACCGCGAACCUUUGUACUUUAAGUCCGACGGUACUCAAUUUUUGUGAUCGCCGCGUCGCGAUCAGCCAUUUCGCACAACCUUCUUCGUACGACCACCGAAGCAUUUUUAUCGAAUUAUAGUUCGUAAGGUGAACCGCGUGUGAUCGUGAUCUUUCUACAGCGGCGAACGGUCUUUUUGCGAUCUCAUCGAGAAGAAAGAAACAACGAACAGAACAUAAUGGAUCAUCGGGUUCAACUGUGAACACGUUCCCGGCGAUAGAUCGAUCGCGUUCAUAGGCGAGAAAUAAACAAUCAAAAGUAUAGCAUUAACGCGGCAGGAUAUUGUAAUCGCAAAACGUAACGAUUCAAACGUAUCAUAUUUGUAGUAAAAUAUUAUCGAGUGUAACGGGGAUAGAUUGCUCCAUUAACGAUUCCGCAUCUGCCAACCAUCCAUCUCGACCAGCGACGAUAUAAUAAUCAAACCCAGUUCAGCUAUCGUGUACUUAACUCUAACUAAUCGUAUAUUCGGCCAAUAAUACGUUGUAAAUGUUGUUCACGUUUGUUCACACUUAAUAUAAUAUACGAGAUGAAAAUCAAAAUGAAAUGCAUUUCAUUUGUGAAAGAUA